GGAGCCGUCGUGAUAUGGACGGACAGCGACGCGGCAACGGGAGUUUUAAAAGCGCCCUCCCCCGCUCCCCGCGUGACUACUCUCCUAUUGAGCAAGGAGUAUAUAGCGCAAGUUAAUUAAAGCUGAGUAGGAGGAAGGAAUUCAGAGUGACCUGUUCCACCAGGCGUCCAAGCAACCCGGCCGGCUGGGUGGCUCGUCGUCGUAGAACUCCUUGGUGGCCGGGCGCGCGGCGAACGAUCGCCUAUUUCAGCUGCUGAGCGGGCGGCUGAUCGGCGGCGUUCCACGGCUUGGGUUACCUACCACUACCAACGACGGAACGGAACCGGCCGGGCCGGCGGCAUGGCGGCGUGGAUGCGGUCGCUCUUGUCGCCGCUCAGGAAGCUCUGGAUCCGAAUGCAUUCGGCGCAGAACAAGAAGGGGCGGGGCAUCUACAUCCUGUACGAGGACGUCAAGUCGUGCCCCUGCGAGGACGUGCACAUCCUCUGGUCCAUCCUCGUCGACUCGUCCCACUCCCACCCGCCGCCGCUGUCUCUGCGCCUCAAGCACUGACUGACUCGUCCCUCCCUCCCUGCCUCCGACGAACGAGACCGUCGGUGUACAUGAAGAUGACGACGAGUGGCGGCAGCUCACCUUCUUCUUCAGCCGCCGCGAUACCAUAUCGCUUCCACGCGCGGGAAGAAGUUCCUUUUGUUUGAUGAGUAGGAGAUUGAUGAGCUCCUUCGUUCACCCUGCCCCGCGCGUCCUCCGGUAGAUGCAGCCAUGCAGGUGCAUAGCAGAGCAGAGCAGAGCAGGCUUCCCUCACCGACACCGCCAAGGGAUUUUUUUUUUCUUCUUUCCUUUGCUUUUGUUUUUGGAAAAGGAACGGCGCGGUUGGUGAUCCGGGACAUGCCGCGUGUGCCUCUAGCUACCAUGUAAAUACAGAAAGGUGAAGAGGGGGCAAAAAAAACAGAGAGGUGUGUGUAUAUACGGAGAGUACUCCACUACUAAUACUGUAGUACAGCGACGUGUGAUGCAAGCUUUUUAAAAGGAUCCGUCGUCACAAGCGU